AUGGACUCCACCGUUGCGACGGCCGCCGAGACGUCCUCUGCUCCUAAGAAGGAAGUGGAACUGAAUCAGAAUGAAGGGCAAGGGGGCGUGGCUCUUACUAGAGCGCGCCGUGGAAGUUGCUUCAUAUUUCAUCUGGAGCGUCUGGGAAGAAGUGAGCCCGUCAACGCGGUAAGAGCUGCAUCAGCCCCGCACUUCGCGCCAGGGAGCCGCGUCAUCUUGGUGGCAGGUGAGCCUCAGGAAAGCGACGCCGAGGUCACGCACGGUGCGAGCUUCACAUUCUUACGUAAACUGCACUGGCCUCGAGUGUAUGAGAGGCACGCCACAAAUGGAAGAUUUCCAGCAAAGAAGGUGGACAUUGAGCUAAGUGAUGUUCGUGAAUGGAGCAGUAUAGCCGAUGUUGAAUGCACAACAGAAGCGGAAUUAACUGACGCCCAGCUCGUUGUUGCUGUAACUCUAACAACCGAUGAGAACGAGAAAGAUGAUAACGACAUCGAAGGCACGGCUUGCCCCGGCGACUGCCCGCCAGAGCUGGCGCCAGUCUGCGGCAACGACGGCAUCACGUACCGCAACCUGUGCCAGCUCAGGAGGAAGUCCUGCAUCGGCGGAGCGGCCAUCAGGGUGUCACACGUGGGGCAGUGCGAAGAGGAGACGGCGGCGGACCCGUGCGAGUCCCUGGAGUGCGGGCCGUGGUCGCGCUGCCAGGUGUCUGGGGGCGGCGCGACGUGCCGGUGCCUCUCCUGCCCUCCGCCGCCACCUCCGGGCUCUGGGUCGGGGUCGGGGUCCCACGUCUGCGGCUCCGACGGCAGGGACUACGGCUCGGAGUGCGAGCUGCACGCCGCCGCCUGCCGUCUGGGCGACACUCAGCUGGCGCUGCGCCACCACGGCAAGUGCGACGUUUGCCAGGGCCACAAGUGUCCUGUACAUUCCACGUGUUAUCCAGACGACCAAGGAAUGCCUCAGUGUCGUUGUCUCGAUACCUGUCGCGAUGCAGUCAAAUCGCCUGUCUGUGGGUCUGACGGCACAACGUAUGAAUCGGCCUGUCGUCUGAGGAUGACGUCUUGCGAGAAACAGAUGAUAAUUGUGGUCACCUACAAGGGUCCCUGUGACCCUUGCAGAGGCGUGGUGUGCGCGGAGCCCGGCGCCGUAUGCAGGGCAGGAGUUUGCGCCUGCCGGGACGACUGCCCGCGCGACGCCCCUGCCGAGCGGGUUUGCGGCAGCGACGGGCGCACGUACCGCAGCGAGUGCCGCCUGCACCUCGCGUCGUGCCGCAGACCGCGUGGCCGCUCCCCCAUCACUGUGGCCUUCUACGGCGACUGCAGGGCGGCCGAUGAAGAGACGCCCGUGGUGGCGCUGACGUCUACGACGGCGUCCUCGGUGUCGCCGACGCCGCUGUCCACCCUGCCCGGAGACUACGACGCGGACGGCGUGCAGAAGGUGUCCAAGUCCACGCGGCACCUGGCGCUGGCGGAGGCAGUGGCGGGGGCGGCGGGGGCGGUCAGCCACCACCAGUACGUGCUGCCGGACGCCGGGGCCGGCCUCACGUCGGCGUCUCUCUACCGGGGGCUCUCCGACCACCCAGACACAGAGCCGCUGUACUCGGCGGUGUACCGGCCGACGCCUGCGACGCUGUCGUCGCUGCUGGGCGGCGCCUGCUCCUCGGACGGCGACUGUUCGGUGGCCGGCAGCCGCUGCCAGGAAAACACCUGCCGCUGCGGCCCGGACCGCACCCCCUCACACGAUCGCCAACACUGUCUGGCUUAUCAAAUCCCGUCAUUUGAUGGGCAGGCUUAUAUCGAAAUGAAGCGCCUCAAAGCACACAACAAACUGAAUAUUGAAAUAGAAUUCAUCACGUACGCGAACGACGGACUUCUGCUCUACAACCAGCAGAAAGAGGAUGGGACAGGAGACUUCGUCUCCCUGGCUAUUGUUCAAGGCCACGUGGAGUUCAGGUACAACCUGGGCAAUGGCGCGGUGGCGCUGACGUCGGCAGAGCGCGUCACGCUGGGCAGGGUGCACGUGGCGAGGGCGCGCCGCUACCACCGCGACGGGCUGCUGCGGCUGGACGACGGGCCCGAGGUGGUGGGCCAGAGCCAGGGGCCGCUGCGCGCGCUCAACCUCGAGCUCAGCGCCUACCUGGGCGCCGUGCCCACCAACCACUCCAGGUAA